AUGUCCACUUCUAUAUUUCGUACAGUCAGAAACAUCUAUAAGUCUGGAUUGAGGAGAGCCGGAUGGCAAAUCCAAGUUCACAACGAUACCAAGAGUGGUUGGUUAGUUGGAACUGAUGAUUUUGGUAACAAGUUUUACGAAACAGACCACAAAGAUGAAAUUCAUUUAAGAACCAGAUGGGUUGAAUACUCCGAAUGGGGUAUUGAUAUGUCCAAGGUAGAACCAGGCUGGCAUUAUUGGUUGGGAUAUGGUACCGAUACCCCACCUAACAAGGUAACGGGGGAUGAAAAGACCGUGAGAGCCUACCCAUUACCAGAGAGACACCACAUGAACUAUACUACCACUCCAGGGAUGUUCGUUACAUAUAACACUGCCAAGCCAAAGACCACGGCCUGGACUCCAGAGGUGAAGGAUAGGGUUGAAGUAUGA